AUGGCCGAGGAUUCACAAGACCCUGGCAACCGCCAGUCCAAUACCUCGCCCGAUCACCAAAAACCAACCCACGACCUCUCCCAAUCGCAAGUCGGCAAGCUGUGGGACGCAUUCGGCAACCCCGAAGAACCCGUGAACGUGCUCGCAAACGCAAAGUACAAGCCCCCGGGCAAGAGUGCCAAAGAUGCGCCUUACUCCGAACUCGUCGGGAACAUCUCUCUGAAUGAGCUCUCCAAUAUCCACAAAACCCCAUGUGCGCGGGACUCUUUAAUGACGGGGAUCGGGGCCGGGUUUGGAAUUGGUGGGAUGCGAGCUAUCUUCGGAGGACUCCCCUCAUUAUGGUCGGCCGGGAACUGGGCCGUCGGCGUGUUCGCCAUCACCUCCCUAGCAGCAUACGAGUUCUGUCGCAAGCGCCAACGCGACGAGCUGACCGGCAUGAAACAAGCGGUUGAGAUGAUGCAGGAAUUGAAAAUCAAGCAGCAGAAGGACAAGGAGAAGGCGGCAGCGGCCGUUGCUGCGCGUGCGGAGGAAGAAAAAAGGCAGAAGAGCUGGACGAACAUGUCCAACUACAAAUUCUGGUAA